AUCGCCGUGGCUCGAGCGGAGAGGAUCUCUCUCUCGCGCGCGCGCGGUGUUGUGCAUAGUAUAUUCGCAGCAACGCGAGGACGACGAGUCUCUCUCUCUCUCUCUCUCAUCAAUCCGCAUCUCGCUAUAGUUCUAUACUAUAGUAAUACACAGCUGCUCUUCCUCGCACGCGCGUGUUAUAUAGCGCGGCUUGUGUGUAGUGUCAGUUCGCAAAAUGGCUGUGCUCUGGUCGGUCGUGUCGGUGGGCUUCUCCCUGCUGCUCACGCCGUUUCUCAUGUUCCUCCUAUCGAUCAUUUUCCUGGCCUCAAUGGGGAAGUCUCUCGGUGUUCGCAGGCUCUACGUAAAGCUGCUGCUCGCGCUCUUUGAGUACGGCCGGCAAAACAUCGAGAACGUAAGGAAGAAGAAUGGCAAGUGGACGAUCGAGGGCGAGGAGAGCGAGGAUGACGAGGAUACCACCAGCGGAGCCUCACCAAGUAGUCCCCAGAACAAUGUCAAGCCGAACUUUAGCAAAGCUGACAAGAAAACGCAGAACGGAGCUAUCGGCAAUUCGGUGAUCGCUCGUUCCAAGGACCUGAUCCUCGUACCCGAGCCCGAGAUGCAGAACCACGAAGUGGAGGACGAGGCGAACCCCGAGAACGGAGCCGAUAACGAGAUGUACAACAACAAGCAUCUCACCACGACCAAAGAGACUGACAUAUCUAGAAAGAAAUCUUUCGAGACGCUGAAACGAGAGUUCGAGCCUGCGAUAUGUCUUGGCUAUAUCCGAGCUGGCAUCGAAGCAAUUAUAGAGGAUGACGUGACUUCCAGGUUCGAAGCGGAGGAACUUAAGAACUGGAAUCUUUUAACGCGAACAAAUAGACGCUAUGAGUUCAUCUCUUGGAAGCUGACUGUAAUAUGGAUGUUUGGAUUCUUCACGAGAUACUGUUUUCUUCUGCCGUUACGAAUUCUUAUCUGUUUCGUGGGUGUAAUGAACCUGAUUGCCGCAACGUUCUGUAUCGGCUUUCUGCCGAAUGGUUGGCUGAAACGUUGGGCGAACGAUUACGCGACUCGUACAUCCUUUAGGCUAAUGUCGAGAUCGCUGUCGAGCCUGAUUACUAUUCACAAUCCGGAAUAUAAGCCAAAGUCAGGAAUUUGCGUGGCUAAUCACACCUCGACUAUCGACGCGUGCAUCUUGUCGACGGAAACAACGUUCUCUCUGGUCAUGUGGCUGACAUUCUGCACGGCGAUAGUCGGCUACGUACCGGACGGGGAGUUCAAGCGUUGGCUGAAUCAGCGGGUAUUGAUAAUGUGCUUCGCCGUGCUGUCCAGCGCCCUAUCCUCGGUCAUUACCUAUCACAACCCCGAGAACAGGCCCAAGACGGGCAUCUGCGUCGCCAAUCACACCUCGCCCAUCGACGCUCUCGUGCUCAUGUGUGACAAUUGCUAUUCCCUGAUUGGACAGAGACACGGCGGUUUCUUGGGCAUCUUGCAAAGAGCCCUCGCCCGCGCGUCUCCGCACAUUUGGUUCGAGCGAUCAGAAGUCAAAGACAGAGAAGCGGUAACGAAGAGGCUGAAGAUGCACAUUUCCGAUCCGAAAAAUCCGCCGAUUCUCAUUUUCCCGGAAGGCACGUGCAUCAACAACACGUCCGUCAUGCAGUUCAAAAAGGGUAGUUUCGAAGUCGGUGGUGUGAUUUAUCCCGUCGCGAUCAAGUACGAUCCGAGGUUCGGUGAUGCGUUUUGGAACAGCAGUAGAUACUCCAUGAUUCAGUACUUGUACAUGAUGAUGUCAAGCUGGGCAAUCGUGUGUGAUGUAUGGUACCUGCCUCCUAUGUACAGGAGGGAAGAUGAGAGCGCCAUUGAUUUUGCCAACAGAGUCAAGUCGGUUAUUGCAAGGCAAGGAGGACUCGUCGAUCUUCAAUGGGACGGUCAACUGAAACGAAUGAAACCUAAAAAAGAGUGGCGAGAAAAGCAGCAAGAAGAGUUUAGCAAACGAUUGAAAGUGGAAUAAACUGUCGAGCUAGCAGUUAUCGUUAAUUAAUCUCAUAAGAAUGCUGCUACGUCGCUUCGAUUUCGAAGCCUGUUCUAUUUGACUGCUUGUCAGUUCAUUUGAAUGGACAUUAAUCAAGAAUUUUCAAAUGUGUAAAUAAUUGAAAAAAAAAGACUAUGAAACUGUGAAGCCGUUUGUGAAUGUAUUGAUAGAACUAGUGCAAGAGAUUGACUAAGCAGUGCACAUAUUUCUUGACUGAGCGAGUGUGUUUUUUAAGGAUAAAAGAUGUUUGGAAAGUUUUUUAAGCAUGCUUUUGAAUCAUUCGAGAAUACUUAUGAAAUCGCUAAAAACAUCGAGAAUUCGCUACGAAUUUGCGCAUGUUUGUAAGGAUUUCGUCGAGCAUCUAGAUUUUUCUCAAGUUCUUUUAAGUAUUAGCUAAUAAACUGUUUUCCUAUUUAUUUUGCAUCGGAAGGCUUUAGUUAUUUUUUAUUCUAAUGUCUUUCAAAGCUUGCCGAUGCUGUCUUUGUUACCACUUCAGCCAAAAAUCACUUUUUACAGGUGUUCUACUUUUUAUAAUGAAAAAGAGGCGGAAUAUUUUCAAAGUGAAUUACAUUUUUUAGAUUCUUCAACUUUUAGCAAUAGAAAUUGGAAAUAAUUUUAUGGUUCUUUGUAAGAAAAAAAGAAAAAAGAGCACACAAACAUACACAUUUACUGCUAUAUAUUUUUUAAAAUAAAAACUCAAAAUAUAUUUUUAUAGUAGAUUUUAAUCUUAGCGCUUGCGUCAAACACGAUUAAAUUAUAGCAUAUUGGUGUUGCUACGUAAUUACACGUUGAACAACAUGCUAGUCUACAGUCUUUUUCUUUUCUUUUAAUUUUUUUUUUUCAAUUUUCAAUAAUAAGUACUCUGCCUAAAUUUCUUCUUUUUGUAUUAAAAACUGUUCAUGAAACAGAAAUAAUACUCAUUAAGUUGCAAACUUUGAUUUUAUAAAAGUUUAUGGCUUAACUACUGUAAGGGAGAUAUGUUGCAUAAUGCUGCAAUAAAACGUCGCUAAACUGUCCACGAUUUUGAUCAGCGCUGUUACUUGUUUUGUAUUGAUUGGCGAGCAUAAUAAAGAGAGAGACUGUUAAA